AUGGGGCGGACCGUCAGCGCUGGGCCGCCCACGACUGUGAGCAAGAACACGGUUCAGGGCUUUGUUGUGCCCAUCAAGCACAGCAACGAUGUAAGUACGGUCAUCGCAGACCUCCAGCAGCAACGCGCCCUGCGACGGGCCACCCAUAUCGCGUACGCCUACCGCGUCAUCGAGAUGGCGGUGGAUACGCCCGAGAAGUCGUCGCAGACCGUCGCCGAGCUCUACGACGUGGUCGAAGGUAUGCACGACGGAGGCAUGUUUGGCGCUGGCGACAAAUUACUCUACGUGCUACAACGCUGGGACGUGCACAACGUUGUCUUGGUGGUGAGUCGCAUCGAUGCCUCGUACUCGGGACAGCUGCUGGGCGCCAACACGUACAAGCUCCUCGUCGAGAGUGCGAAGCAAGCACUCGAGCAAUUCGCCGUCGACUCGCUCGAGCCGGCCGAGGCCGCCAAGCUCGCGAUUUCCGAGCUCCCGCCGCAGCUUCCACCGGCCAAGGUGGCCGCGACCACGACCAAUAUCGCGUACGAAGGCGGCGCGUACAUGGUGGACGGUGUCUUGCAAGGCGCCAAGCAAGGGCGGAUCAACCACUUUCUCGCGGACCGACGCUCCAACCAGAGCCAGGAACGCAAGCACGAGACGAUUCGGAGCCUCGAUGCAUUGGGGAUUUCAAAAGAUGAACUCACUGCUCUUCGCGCCGUACGGUCGCCGUCCAAGGAGCUCCACACCGUGCUGGUCUGCGUCGGCCUCUUGCUUCAGAUCAAGGAUGUCUCGUGGACCGGCUGCCGCGAUAUGCUCCACGCGCCCGGCUUCUGUGCCAAGGUGCUGCGGGUCACGCCCGAGAAGCUCACGGCGCGCCAAGUGCACUGCGUGCGCGCCGUGCUCUCGGACGCAAACCUCGCGCCAGACGCCGUCCGUCGGGCGUCAACGACCGGCGCCGCGCUUCUCGUGUGGGUCCAAAGCCUCCUUGACUCGUACGACGCGACGACCUUGGGCUUGUCGCUCGGUGCUGUGCCAGCACAGCCCGCUGGGCGCAUGGACGAUGCACUCCUCGAGAUGGCCGUGCGCCUCGAGCCGCCGUCGCGGCCGCCGCCACCCGAAGUGCAUUCGGUGAUUCCGACCGACCUCUUUGCCCCGGCAAAGCCGCCCAAGAUUGUCGAUCACGGUCGUCUCGUCAAGCCGAAGGCGUCCAUGUAAGAAGCUCCGUUGGGCCCAGAACAAUCGUCGUUCUCUCACUGCUCGACUGGCAGCAAAGACUGCCGUGGUAUCGCAUCGAUCCUAAGCAUAGAAGAGGAGUAGCAGGUUCCUACUCGCAGC